AUGGCUGUCAAGCGCAGCAUUGUGGCCACAGUGUUUGGUGCAGCGGUGGCAAAUUUGCUGCCGGUCUUUUUCCUCCAAGCCAGUGUGAGCAGCGUGUCUGCCAAAUGGGCCUGGAUGACCAGCCCACCGAAGUGUGCCUCAGCGUCGCCCAGCACUUGGGACUUCGAUGGCGAAGCCACGAUUGCUGCAGGUGCAACGGGAACCGUCACCUGCAAAGAUGGAGGUACCGCAUCUGUCGCCACAGUCACCUGUCCCUCCAGCAACUCGGCAGCCACCAUGUCCUCCCAGGAUCCGGAUUGGUGGGGCACUUGUGGUUUUGGAUCGUCAUGCCUUUCCGACAAGAGCAUCGGAACCGGUGUCACCUGCACUGGUGGUGCUACGACCACCACCACGACAACAUCAACAGCAGCUGAUGACGGCAGCAGCACCACGACAACAACUGGCGCCGACAGCUCCACAACAACUACCACGACGACGACUACCACCUCAGAUGGUACCCUGACAAACAGCGGAAGCGGACGCCUAGCGGCCGUGUGUGCAACUUCCCUGCUCUUGGGUGUCGCGGCCUUUCAGUGA